AGCGAGUCGGUUUGUUUGUGACUUUGUUGUUAGUUUUUUUUUUUUUGGUUAAUUAUUAAUAAUAAUAAUCCAUCAAUCGGAAAUUUGGAAAAUGCCAUCGCACACAGCGAUCAGUAAAACAGGAUACAGAGUUUAAUACUUUCGCGACAUGGUACUGUACAUCGCAUUGAAGAUUUUCAUCCUGUUGGAUUUUGUUGCGUGCUUCAAGAACGACUUUGAGGCGAAUGUGGAGAUAUGCGGAUCAGAGAAUGAACUAGUUUUGUAUGACGGUGGUCCGAUGUCUUCGGCGGUGAUUACGCUGGAGCCGGGUCGUGAAAAUCGUUGUAACUUAACAGUCAAAGCGCCAGCAUCGCAUCUGGUCCACGUGCAGUUUCACGAGGUCGACCUCGAGCUGCACAGAACCAUCAUCAAUAAACCCAUACAUCCCUCGUGCAAUCUAGACAUAUAUCUGCCGGACAAUCGGGAGAUUCCCGUGUGGUCAGGUGAUUUGUGCAGCGUGGAUCCUUUGCGAAAAGUUGACCUGUUAAAUUCCGACAUCAAGAUGACUUGGAAUUCGGCUAUUAAUCCGCUGUUCACUAAAGGAAGGAAGGUCAUCCUCACCGCCAUCGGACAAAAUGAUGUUUGCAACAGGAAUGAUCAGCAUAUAUGCAUGAGAAUUGGAUGGAUGCCGACGAAGUGCAUCUCCAAACAUCUGGCCUGUAACGGUCACAUGAACUGUCCGCAAGGAUCGACGACGAGCGACGAAGAUGAGACACUCUGCCACACGCAGAUGAAGUUCAAGGAGUUCGUGGACUUUUUCAAGAAGCAGAUCAAUCCGAACGGAAUUGUGCAACCCAGCCCGAACAUAUCCACGGAAAUCAAGAACAUCAUCAUGCCUAAAUGGAAGGAAAUCAUGCGCGUUGAAACGUCGACGAGGCAGUCGCCCAAACUUCCUUACAUGGAAGACGAAGAAGAAAACCUUUUAAGUAUAGGAAACAUUCCAUGGCUCGUUAGCAUCAUUGGUAUCAUUGCAAUAUGCUUAUUGGCGAUUUUGUUCUACAUCGUUAAGAAGUCGAAGCAUUCUCACGACCACGAAGAUCCAACGACCCAGAAUGACACAACUGGAAUGGGAUUUUCGCAUGGUCAUAGAUUAUCCGAUUCGGAGCCGCCAAAUUAUGAUGAUCUCGAUCAACCGCCGUCGUAUCAUUCCCUAUUCCCGACGAAAACGGAUGACACCCCUCACGAAGAGAUUCCUAUGGAACGUAUUAAUAACCAAAGCGAAAGUUAAUCAACAAGAAAACUAAUGACUGACACACUUUUUAUUUUAUUACUUUUUUUCUCAUAACUGGACAGACUGAUAACAUGUAAAUAAA